GUAACGUUCUGCUGGUGACGGUGAGGGAUUGUGCGGCCCACACCAAACCCCCUCACCCCCCUCUCCACUGGGUCCCCCUGGCCUUGCUGGAGAAGAACCAGAGCAGGACCCCUCUACUCCCAGAGCCUACUGCCAUGGACACCCUCACAGAGCAGCUCAAGGAGAAGCUGUCCUUCCACAGACGCAGUGUCCAGUGGGCCCAGCCUGGCCUGUACGUGGGCAUCUUGAAGCUGUGCAGCACAGUGGAGCAGAUCAGGGUUCUAGUGCCCCAGAGGCUGCCCAACCUGCUAUGCCACGCCAGAGUGCGCCACAAUCCCCAUGUGUCCCGAGAUGAAUGGGCGUGGUUACAAUGCCACAACAUCUUAACAGCCAAUGAGGACACAGAGGGUGAGGAUGAGACCUCGAUGGACAGCUCUGGGCUGGGGGAGUUUGUGAGGUCACUCAGGGCCGCUGUCACUCUCUUGUUGACAAAGCUCAACAUCCCCCUCUACAGGGCAUAUCAGUACGGUGUGUACACUCGGGAGCUGCUGCAGUUUGGGGAUAAGAUGUCCAUGCUGGUCUUGCUGCCCCCCAGUGAGGACUUCAGCUCUAGCUACUGGCCCCUAGUGGGCACCAAGGAACCAGGCCUCACAAUGCCACUGCAGAUCUUUGAGCUGGUGCACUUCUGGACGUACGAGCAAGACUUCCUGUCUCAGUACUGUCAGGUCUGGGUUCGGUUGGAGCUGGACGCCCAUCUGUCCCAGCAGGCUUUGCGAGAAGCUCUGGACACUAAGGAGGUGCAGGAGGCCAGAGGCCGUCUUAGUCACAUCACUCAGCUCUCACAGAGUCUUGAGGUGGUGUGGCGCGAGGCCAGGUGGAUCAUGGAUGUCCUGCAGUGUGUCCGCUCUAAACAGUGUGUGGGGGCGGUGCCUCUGGGCCUGGUCAUGGGAGGAGACCCACCUGCCCGCCCAGACGAUGAGGAGGAUGACAGGGCUACCACCAGAGUCUGGCCCCAGUGCAUACUCUCUCAAAAUAAAAUAUCAGAGAGCAUUACCUGUACUGUUACAGACAUUGGUGUCAGCGGUGGGAUCUCUGAGCCAAUAUUUGUCCUGGGGGUCAAUGAAGAGGCUGUCUGUUUAAUGGAGGGGACUAGCAAAGGGGGGUACCCCGUGGACCUCAGUGCCCAACAGCCUGUUGUGGCGUUCAACAGCCUGGAUCAAUCAGGAGUUGGAUUCGACAGUGUGACCCAAUCAGAAGUGGUAGAUCAUGACAGUGGAGAACUGGAGUAUCCCCACAGUUUUGUCAGUGAUGUGAUCCCGGCUCUACCAGAGCUGGACAUCAUCUUCCCCACACUGAGUCUGAUAGACGAAGAGAGGAAGGAGGACCCUGUACCUGGGGGGAUGGAUAUGUUAGACAGUUUAAGUCUUGGAGUCGGUGAAAGCGAGGCUUUCUUUGGACUAAACUCCGACUUGAUGAGUGGACCUAAGGGUUGCUCUCUCUCUGAUGUGCAUCAUGAUACGAACACACUGACAGCAGGCCUUAGUUUAGGAGACAGAACCUGUGCAGAUACACUGUUCUCAGGUCAUUUAGAUGGGCUGGCCACAUCUGCCCCUCCUCCCAUUGUGAGGACCACCCCUGCCCAAAGCUGGGAUUUACCUACAGAGGACACUGUGAUACAUGAUGACAACAGGGGGAGCAGCAUGCCAGCCAGGAGCCGUGUGGAGUGGGUGAACUCCUCUAACCAGGCAUCCUGAUGUAUCCAGAUAUUGUUAUGACUGAACGUUACACCAAAAUACAACCAAUUCUCAACAAAUUCUUAAUGUGCCUUUAAGCAGGUGUGGCAACCGAUGGGAUAUUCAUGGUUGUUUUCUCAACACAUUAUCUUACUCUCUGUAGUUGUUCCAGUGGUGAAAUCACUUAAUGCACACCAACCACUACAAUGUAGAAUUCAUUUCAAAAUUGUCGCACAACAUAUUCAAACCAUGGGGCAAGGAUGAAACUCACAAAUAUUACCUGAUAUAAUAAUAAUAUAAUAAUAUAAUAUGCCAUUUA